AUGAAAAUAAAAAUAAAAGACAGAGAUGUCGAGUCUGCGAAGGAUUCAGAACUAGCGGGCGCAUUGAUUGUUUCGGAGAAGAACCAUUCUGUGAAAAGAGCGACUCGGUGUGCUUUCAACUUUUAUCUUAACUUCUUCCAGUCUUACAACAUCGCAUCGCGACUGAACAAAAUGGAGAGCAGAGCCGAAUUCAUAUCAAUGCUGAAGUCAGAAAACGAAGAGGACAAAGAGGUCGAGAAUCCCAUCUUUUUUCAUAUCGAAACUAGAUUGAUUCAACAUGAUUCGGGAAUUCAGAAAAAUGGAGAGGAGGAGAAAGAAAUAGAAAAAAAUAGUUUCGAGGACUACUUUGGUUUUGAAAAUGGAGCAGAUUCCAAAGAAGGAGAUUACUAUGAUGAUCGUAUUAUUUUUCACAAAGUUUUACCAUCCGAGUCGGAAGAAGAGACGAUGAACACUUCAACUAAUUCUACCAAUCGAAUCAAUGCUGCAAAUGCUCUAUUCGGUGCUUUCAUAGAUGAGCGUCUUUCCUCUCCUCCAGUUUCCCCAGGAGAUGGAUUCAUGGACAAAGUUUGGGACUUCUUUGGAGCAGUUGAUGGUGGUUACGUUCUACUCGAUCGAGAAGAACUUCCCGUCAACAAAUCCUGGUGUUCUGAUGAGGAAGAUUCAAUUCUAACUAUCCAAUUAUCUCAAGACAUCAGUCCAAUUUCAAUCUCUUAUCAACAUUCGAAAUGGAAUGGAACCGUUCCAAAUGGAGCACCAAAAAGUUAUUUUGUGAUGGGAUGCUUGGAUACUCAAUGUGAGAAUAGAGUAGUACUUGGGCCCCGAUGUGAAUACAAAUCAGAUAAUCAGUCUACACAAGAACAAGAGUGUCAGGUUAAACCUCAAUGGAUGGUUUCUCAUAUCAAAGCCGUUCAAAUUCAAAUCCGCGAAAACCAUGGAAAUGUGGAGAAGACUUGUGCAUAUCUGUUUCGUGUGUAUGGAAUAAGUGACUCGACUCAGAAGGAAUUGAAGCCCGUAUCGAGGAUUCAAGACAUUUCCAUUCGUGACGAAAUGUGCUCAUAUGCCGCCAGUGAAUAUUACAGUCUUCCAUCUUUCUUCUACAAUGCUAUGAACUUCAACUGCACCAAACUCUAUUCAAACGACUGCUGCUCGUAUUGUCCUGAGUGCUGUACUGAAUGCAACAUGUCUUUGACAAAUGAGUCCGUUUUCGUUUUUGCUAUCAUCAUCUUUGGCUUCUUCGGAUUUGUCUUGCUUAUGGAAUUUCUGUUUAUUCGUGUCGCUAAGUUCCUCUGGGUUCCAGAAGAUUCUCAUUAA